GUUUUCAGUGUUUAUCUCAAGAGGAAAGAUUGCUCGUUUCUCCGUGAGAAAGUGUGUCUAUUUUUCCCAUUGCCUUUCACGUUGUCUUCUUGCAUCUCCGCUAAUAUUUGUCGUGUUUUGAUUGUGUCUUCAAGUGCCAAACUCAGGACUUGUUUGACGCAUUGCGAAAAGCGCUGUGGAGAAAUUAUAGCAAAGGCGGAAAAGUCGGCCCGAAUUUGUGUGCAAUCCUCUUCAAUUGGACUUCCUGUGGUAUUUUUGUCCUGAAAAUUCCUGCAAUUACAUUCUGUUUGGCAGGCAGAAGCUAUUGGUUGACAAGAAAGACUGUUCUGUGAAGUGAAAAGUGUGAAUAUUCGGUGAAUAUUUACUUUCUUGCCAUCUUUUCUCCCAGACUGUCGUGCUCAAGACGAAGAGGAGGAAACAUCGCGACUUGUGACUGUGUUUUGGUGUUUUUCUCCCAACAUCACGACUGAAUGGAUUUUAUCGUCGAAUCGCCGUCAAUUUCAACAUCUCUCUAAACUGCAUGAGACAUUCUCACCGGGCAUGGCAGAAUGGACAACGAACAGCCACACCAGGAGCUGGUGAAAUGUGUCCUCGUCGGCGACACGGCGGUCGGAAAGACGCGCCUGAUUUGUGCCAGAGCGUGCAACAAACACGUUUCACUUUCGCAAUUGCUGUCGACGCAUGUGCCAACUGUGUGGGCCAUUGACCAGUACAGAAUCUACAAGGAUGUGCUGGAGAGAUCAUGGGAGGUUGUGGACGGCGUGAAUGUCUCCCUGAGACUGUGGGACACUUUUGGGGACCAUGAGAAAGACCGGCGCUUUGCCUAUGGACGCUCAGAUGUUGUUCUGCUCUGCUUCUCCAUCGCCAAUCCCGUGUCGCUGCGCAACUGUCGCGCCAUGUGGUAUCCAGAGAUCAGGCGCUUCUGCCCGCAAACACCAGUCAUCCUGGUGGGGUGCAAGAAUGAUCUGCGGUACAUGUACAGGGACGAGACGUACUUGUCCUACUUCGGCGAUCGGAGUCCUUUUGUGAGGGCGGCCAGGAAGUCUGAUCUCGUAAUGCCGGACGAGGCGAGAGCCGUAGCGAAGGAUCUCGGUGUGGCGUACUAUGAGUCGAGUGUCUUCACUUAUUUUGGUGUGAAUGAAGUCUUUGAAAAUGCCAUUCGAGCGGCAUUGAUCGCGAGGCGACAGCAAAGAUUCUGGAUCACAAAUCUCAAGCGCGUUCAGCGUCCGCUGCUUCAGGCGCCCUUCCGACCACCUAAGCCUCCGCCCCCGGAAGUGACAGUGAUCACAGGCACGCAUUCAAAGGAUAUGUUGACGAUGCUCAAUGGCCAGCGAUACACUGACUUGGUGCUUGUGGUGGGCGCUGUGCGAUUUCCUGUACAUAGAUUCGUGUUGGCGGCAGGAUCAAGUGCUUUUCACAGGCUUCUGACGAUGGAAUUAUCGGAUUUGGGCGCCAGGAGCAGUAGUGAGUCGAGCAUGGUCAGUUCAACGUACGGUGAUAAUUCAACUGCCGACUUCAACGAAGACACGGAGUGCCUUCUGAGAUGUGAUCCUCAGUCUCGAGGUGCGGUCCAGCCACUGAGAAUGUGGGAGCAAUUGAAGCGUCGCUCGAGCUAUCAAGCACUUCCGACGCACGAACCAAAGAAGCCGCCGAGUGAUCUCUUCCGUGAGUUGCAUCAUCCCGUGUUCCAGAGCAUCCGCGUCAUUCAGACGACCGAGGGCAACGGCGGGGGUUCGGCUGGGCUCUCCAGUUUGUCCCUGCGCGCUCAAAUGCAGACCAUCGUGAGCCUGAGCAAAUUGAUUACGCCGCAGGCGAUGCAACAGUGCCUGAAAUUCAUCUAUUCGGGGAGCAUCGAUCGCGAGUGUCUAGACAUGCAGGAAAUUCGACAGGCAGCAGAUUUUCUGGAAUUACCACAAUUGUCGGUACUUCUCUCCAAUAUUCAGUCCAAUCAGAACUUCAUGAAUGACGAGACAAUUCAACACUAUUCCACGUGUGUCCGGAAAAAUCUGGAGAAAUUAUGUGUGAAUAGUGGAUUGUUUGGUGACUUGAGCUUCGAACUGGACGAUGGUCACGUGAAAGCUCACCGGGCUAUUCUUGUGGCGCGCUGCGACGUCAUGAGAGCUAUGCUCAACGGCGACUUCCGGGAAGCUCAUGCCAAUGUGAUUGUCUUUCCGGGUGUGACAGAGUACACAUUCCAUAAAUUACUGUGUUAUCUCUAUACAGACGAAAUACCUCCAAUAUCUGCGGAUAAAUGUCUGAAUUUACUAGAAUUAGCCAAUAGAUUAUGUUUACCUAGAUUACUGAAUCUUGUAGAGUGUCGCGUUAUAGAGGAUUUAACGAGAAUGUCACAAAGCGAGAGCAGUGAAGCUGUGGAGCAUUGCCUGAAACUCCUGGAGCCGGUGAAGCUCCACAAUGCCCAUCAGUUGGCCGAAUGGUGCAUGUCAUACCUGUGUGUCAACUACAACAUAAUCUGUCGCGUGUCGCCCAAGAGCUUGAAGGCUCUGCAUCCGGACAAUCAGGACUACUUGCGGGAGCACCGCUGGCCGCCGGUGUGGUAUCUCAAGGACUAUGACUAUUACCAGCGCUGCAUGAAUGAAAUAACGAGAGAGAUGAAGGACAGCAAAAAGUCGCCUGACGAUGAGGGCUGCCUGUGCUUCUCUGGAGUGUUUUGUUGGCUGACAGGCAAAUCGAGGCGCACGGCGGACUCUUCGACGGUGGGCGGCCAGCAACAGCGUGUGCCUCUGACUUCUCAGCCGACGCCAGCCGAGGCGGAAUUGGCCGCGGGCGGCCUCUAUCCCAGCCAAGACAAUUCCGUGCAUCAAAUUGAGGGGGACAUCGAGGCGGACCUCAAUCUCUGACAUCCACCAAUCUGGAGGUCACUCCACUUCGUAGUGACUUUUCCCAUUCUCCUCUGCUUCAUUGCCAGCAUCCUGAGCAUCCUCAUUGUCUGUCAGCUGUACACCUGAUCGUGUGCGUAAUCUAGGCGAUUCAUCUUCUUCUGUUUGUGUGCAGAUUGAAUUCUGCCGAAGUUUUGUUUACUUAAGAGAGUGGCAAAAAGUGGGACGCACACGCACCAAGAAGAAGGAUCAAGAGUAUGAUUUUGAAGAAGAAAAGCACAUAAUUUUAUUCCUUUUAUACAGUACAUUAAGUGAUGGAUAGAUUUUAAUACUUUGUAGACUUGAUUUUUCGUGCAGAAAAUGUUGUCCGUAGAUUUAAACAAAGUCAAUAUUUUUUGAGACAUUUAAGUCAGAAAAAAAAUUGGUGAAUGAAAGAUUUAUGGUGCUUAAGAGAAAAGAUGAUGUGAAAUUUAUUUUUUAACAAGAAAUUAGUUCCGAAAUGCAUUUUUCUACAUUUACACUCAAAAAAAAGGUGAAUUCUUAAUGAUACCAAGAGAUGAAAAUUGCAAUUGGUAGAAAAAUGAGUGUGUUUUCCUUAAUGUCUUGAAGCAUUUGCAUUUAGAAUUAAAUGGGACAAAUUAAGAAAGAUUAGGAUGCAUUUUAGUUUGAAAUCUUAGAAUAUUUACAUUAAAAACUUUACUAGAAUUAAUGAUAUCGAUAUUAAUGAAAAUUUUUGAUACGUGAAGAAAACAUGAGGGUGAAACAUUUUGUCGAUUAGUGUAAUUCAACUAACUUUUUAAUUAUGAGUGAAAAUCCUUUUAACAUCAUUGAUGAAUAUCUCUACGUAAUUAUACUCUUUGUAUAAACUAAGAAACUACGUAAAAGCAUACAUAAAAACACAACAACAAAACAUCCAAGAAACUUGCAAAAAACUGCCUGACGAAGAAAUUCACUAAAUAAAAUACCAUUUUUUAUUGAAAUGCUUGAUGGAAAAUAUACUAAAAGUAAAUUGUCUAAAUAGAAAAGAAUACUGCAAAGAGUUUAGCUAAAAUUAGUGGAAGGAUAUUUGAUUUGUGAUAAAAAAAGAGAGACAUUUAGUGUGAUUUUGAACAAAACAAAAUCACACGUGAGGACUGAUGAGAAUGAAAAAAAAAAAUCAGAAAUUCUAGGGAAAGAGCAAUUGUAUAAAAACACCAAUUUCCCUCUUCUUUUCACACCGUCAAAAAUGCGAUUUACUGCUAGGAAGGGAAGAUAGGAGAAGUUCUGAUUUACUGGAAAAUUUCAUCAGCUUUCCAAUGAAUCCUCACUUGCUACAGUCGGUUCCAGAAAUGGCUUAACGGCAGAGUUUUUUCGAAACCCUUGCAUUUUUCGUAGUAACUCAUGUAGAAUGAGAUUAAAAUGUCCUGCAGUUCUUCUCCUAUCAAUGAAUGAAAAAAAAACUAGGUGAAACAUGAAAUAUUAUUGACUGUGCAAUAUUUAAUUUAGAAACGUAAAGAGAAUGAGAUAAAAUGAGAAUUAGCUCAGCUUUUUAGACAUGUCAAAUUAACUAAUUAUUAAAUUUAGCUAUUAACACUUUUCAAUAUUAAAGAGAGAAUAAAAUUUCUU